UUGAAUGGACUCCAGAAGAUGGUAGAGGACAGGAAGACCUGGAGGAACAUUGUCCAUGGGGUCGCGAUGGGUCGGACACGACUUCGCAAUUAACAACAACAACAGCUUUCUAUCAGGAAAGGCUGAAGGUGCCAUCUACCGACGGCGGCUUGUCUUGCGCUUGAUUAUGUGUGCGUGCGUUUGUGUGGGUGGGUGGUUUUUUUUUUUUUUUAAAGCACAAGCUUUCUCAGCGGCGCUGAUUUCUGGACCGACUUUUGCGCGCACGGGAGUUGAAUUUCAGAUCCGCUUGGAUCUGGCACGCUCGGAGCGCAAUUUAGGAGAGCUGGAAAAUGCAAAGCGAUGCCAGUGGCGCUGCAGAGAAAGGGCCCUUCGCUGAUCAGCUCCGAAGUCGCAAAGCAAAGCAGUCAAGGAAUAGUUAACCCUUCACAUUCCCCUCCUCUCUUCCCUCCCCCCCCACCUCCCCGUUCCCACGUGCAGCAAGACGGAAGGGGAGGGCAGGCCGUGUCUUAUCCGGAGGGGGGCGAUUGCGCAUUUCCUGGGAUUGGGGGAGUUCCCUUCCUCCGGCCCCCGACGGAAGCAAAAAAAAAAAAAAAAAAAAGGAGAGGGCUUUUGGGCAUGACCCACCGGCCACCAAAGAGCAUCCCGUCUUCCAAGGGGAGCUGGUUGGAAGAAUCCUCUUCAUCUCUUUUCUGAAGGAUGUUAUUCAUGGGGAAAACAUAAACUAAGUCCUGAAAAUAAGCAAGAGGUGACAACCUCUGCUUCUCGAGGAAGCGGACUUCCUAGUAAAUUCUAAGCCAGUUGCUUCAGUUCUCUGCUUUCUCUAAAUUAAAGUGGAAAUGGAGAAGUGUUCACCUCCUGUUGGGACAAUUAAGGAGUUCCUAAAUUGCUCACCAUCCUGGAAAGACUGCAUGGAUCUAAGUGGAACGAUUGUGAAGCCCCAAUACUGGGAAGUCUGGCAGCAGGUCCUCCUACCGACUCCACAUUACAAAGUGACAGAUGCAACCCCUCCCAAGGUAAUGCUGGACGACAUCCAGAUUUGUGUGGUCUCCCUUGAAAAUUCUUCCAACUCCUUUAAAGAGAAGGAGGCCAACACUGAGGGGAUGGUUGGAAUUGAUUGUGUGAUUACUGUUGAAGAAGAAGUUGAAGUCCAAGGGAAGUCCUCACCAGAAUCUAGGAUUGAGCUCAGAGAUGAUAUCAAGAUUUGCAUUGUGCCUGAAUUACAAGAUGAGGCCCCAUUUAUGGUUAAAGAUGGAGGGAGGACCAAGGGCGUCACAAACCCUGUUAAGGAUAGAGGCCUCUCCAGAGUUGAAAAGGCCACUCAGACUGAAGUCACCCAGAUGGAGAUGGCUAAGAUAUGUGAGGACUAUAUUCAGAAAGCAGAAGGAGCCAAGGUCACCUUAUGGGACAAUCAUCAGGCCAGUGUGGUUUCCAGAAACAACCCAAGAGAUUCUGAAGGUGGGAUGAUCCACUUAAGAGAGCCUGAUGGAAUAGGAGAACCUGAAGAGGCAGCUUGCAAUACUCUCACAGAUGGAGACAAGGGAGAUGAGGAGGAAGAAGAGACAGCCAUCUUGAAAAAAGGAGGUAUUGUCAUGGAGAGUGCCCGCCAGAGUUUCCGCUGGUACUGUUACCCAGAAAGUGAGGGACCCCGAAAAGCUUACAGGCAACUGUUGGACCUUUGCCAUCAUUGGUUGAAACCAGAGAGACAUAGUAAGGAACAGAUUCUAGAACUGCUGGUCCUGGAACAAUUUUUGGCUAUCUUGCCCAAGGAAAUACAGAGUUGGGUAUGGCAGCAGCACCCAGAAAGUUGUGUGCAAGCUGUUGACUUGGUGGAAAACUUUCUGACAGGACUUUCUGUGCUUGAGAGACAUGGGAAAAAGGCUCUGGUGACUUUUGAAGAGGUGUCCAUGUAUUUCUCAGAGGAAGAAUGGAGACUCCUAGAUGAAUCUCAGAGGAAGAUUUUCACAAAAGUGAUGCUGGAGAAUUAUGAGAAGGUCCGAGCAUUGGGAUUUCCCACCUACAAUCCAGAUCUCAUCUUGAAAAUGGGGAGAAACGAGAACCAAGAACUGGAGAAGCACCAACCUCACCACCUUGCUGAAGGUGCAUCUCCAGAAGUCACGGGAGAGUUGGAGUUUUCAGAUGAGAAGGGGGAGCUGGCCACCUGGAGGGAAGACAUCCUGCUAUCUGGGCCAACUUCUCCAAGGCCUUUCGACAGUUGUGAUGCCACCGUCAAGGGCAGAAGGCAGAAGGCAAGGUCCCGUUGGCAGCAAACCGUGCCAAGCUUUGCAUGCCCAGACUGUGGCAAGGCGUUCCUUUCCAAAGCGGACUUGGCUCGGCACCAGUGGUACCACUCCCAAAAGAAGCCCUACCAGUCCUUGAGCCGUCCCAAGAGCUUUGCCAAGCCCUCCCAACUGGCCCGGCACCAACCUCGUCAACCUGGAGAGUGUAAGUGCGCCAAGUGCGGGAAGCGCUUUAGGAAUCGCAACGGCCUGGCGCGCCACCAAGCGAUCCAUUCGGCCAAGCGACCUUUCCACCGCCAUGCUCACCACAGGGGCUUCUCCUUCAAUUACAAUCUGCGCCAGAACCAGAACCAGCAGGUACCUGCAGCCGAGCCCGUCUUUCACUGUCCUGAGUGUGGGAGGCAAUUCACUCGCCGCUGUAACCUUAUCCAGCAUUCUCGGAUACAUCAAUAUCAGCGGCAGCCGCAAGGAAAGCAGGAGGUGGACCACUACCCUGGAGACCAAACCCAAUGGCGGUGGAUUAUAGCAUUGCCCCCGAAAGAAGAGGAAGGGGAGAUUGUGCUGUGCGUUGAGCCCAGCAGCCACAUGGAACAGGACGACACGCCUGCAGUCGAUGUAUCCCCUCUGUCCCGAGGGAAGGGAGAGCGCCCUUACCCCUGCAGCGAAUGUGGGAAGGCAUUCAGCCAGUGGUCCAAACUAGUGCGCCACAGGCGUAUCCACACAGGCGAGCGUCCCAACACAUGUACAGACUGCGGAAAGUCCUUUACUCAGAGCUCCCACCUGGUUCAGCACCGACGGACACACACUGGCGAAAAGCCUUACGUCUGCCAGGACUGUGGCAAGGCCUUUUCCUGGAGCUCCAACCUAGCCCAGCAUCAGCGCACCCACACCGGAGAGAAGCCGUACGUCUGCCGGGAAUGCGGCAAGGCAUUCUCGCAGAGCACUAACCUCAUCAAGCAUCAACGCAGCCACACCGGCGAGAAGCCCUACUGUUGUCCCGAGUGCCCCAAAAGCUUCUACCGCUCCUCUGAUCUCAUUCAACACCAGAUCACACACACUGGUGAACGCCCCUUCAAGUGUGAAGAGUGCGGGAAAGGAUUCACCCAGAGCGCCAACCUGGUUAAACAUCGUAAGAUCCAUGCCGGAGAGAAACCCUUCCGUUGCAACGACUGUGGCAAGACCUUCAUCCAGAGCUCGGAGCUUAUCCAGCACCAGCGGACCCACUCGGGGGAGAAGCCUUACCAGUGCCAGGAAUGCGGCAAACGCUUUGGCCACGGUGCCACCCUGGUCAAGCACCAGCGGCUUCACAUGGGGGUGGAGCCCUAUCGCUGUGCAGACUGUGGGAAAACCUUUGGACUCAGCUCCGCACUGGAGCGCCACCGGCGGUGCCAUAGCGAAAGCCGCCCAUACGCUUGCGGAGAAUGCGGUCAGAGUUUCUCCUUAGCCUCCAAUCUUACGCUGCAUUCUCGUAUACACCGGGGCGAGAAGCCCUAUCGCUGUGCCGAUUGCGGGAAGUGCUUUGGCAUGAGCUCCACCCUCAUCCGCCACCAGCGCAUCCACACGGGGGAAAAGCCGUACGCAUGUUUGGACUGUGGGAAGGCCUUUGUCCGAAGCUCGCACCUCACCCAGCACCGCCGAACGCACACGGGCGAACGGCCGUACCAUUGUGAGGAAUGCGGGCGGCGUUUCUCCCAAAGCUCCAACCUCAUCACCCACCAGCGCAUCCACAUGGAGGAACGGCCCCACGUCUGCCAUGGCUGCGGGCAGCGCUUUGCCCUGGAGGAGGAACUGCAGCGCCACCAGCAGGAAGGGAGUGGAAAGUGCAAGGAGAAAAGAGAUGCCAAAGAACCAGACAGCAGCGUUUUCCCCGUGGAGGACUUGUAUGUCAGCAGCCCUGAGGAGGAUGCCCACCUGCAAACACUCUCUCAGGACAGCAGCGCAAUGUGUGCCACGUGCCGUCUGGACUGCAAAGAUGCUGGAGGAGUGGAGCAGCAUCAGAGCCGCCAUGUUGUUCAUCUUUGUAAUAUUUGCGGGCAGAGCUUCCAAGAUGCGGAAGUGUUAGCACAGCACGAAGAGAGCCACACUUCUUACAUCUGCACCGAGUGUGGGAGGAGCUUUGAUGAUGCUGGAACCUUGGCUUGCCAUCAGGAGGACCACGAAUCUUGGAUAUGUGGCACAUGUGGGCAGGAGUGCAGGGACAGUGUGGCUCUGGUUGAGCAUGAAGAAGCCCAUUCGCUGCCAAUCAGUAGGGCGUGUAGGGCAAAACUGGUUGACCGCAAGAGGGAUGGGCAGCAUGAAAGAAGCAGGAAGGGCAAGGAAAAUGUGAAACGUGCAUUGGUCCAAGGAUCCCUCAAAGUCCUGCCAUGCAUCAAUUCCAAGGUUGCGGGGAAUCUUCCCGUGGAACCAGAGGAAGCACAGGGAGCUUGGGUCCGUCUUGAAUGUGGAAAAAGCUGCAAGGACAUUUCAAUCCUAGGGAGUCACCAGCAGAGUCACAGGGGACCUCUUGUCUGCUCUGAACAUGGGCAUGGUGAGCUCACCCCCAGGCAGGGGAAAUUGUACCAAUGUUCUGAGUGUGAGCAGGAUUUUGGAGAUCCGUUGGCCCUGACUUGCCACCAGAGGGAGCAGAAGUGUGGGAAGCUGGAUCAGUGUACGGAGUGUGGUCAGGCCUUGUGGGACACCUCAGCCCAGAUGCUCCACCAGGAGAGGCAGCUGGGGGACAAAGCACACAAGUGUCUUCAACCCAAAGAAACUUCUAGUCCUGAAUUAGAUGUCGCUGUGCGUCAGAAGAAUUGGACUGAGGAGUUUUCUGAUACAGCUCUUACUGAGCCUCAGGAAGUCUUCCCAGAAGAAGAGACUUCCAGAGAAAGUGCUCUCUCUAGGGUCAAUCAGGGAAAACCACUGGAAGGUCAGCUGUUCUGUGGCUCCUCAGGAACCAACCAGGAUGACAACACUUCCAACAACAAACCUCAGAGAAUCCCCAUGGGACCUUCUGGUGGGCUGCUAGAGAGCCAUUCAUCUCCUUCCUUACAAGAAGACAAGUCCUGCUUGAAGCCACAGGAGGGCUGUAGAUCCAAGAGUCCCUUAGAUGUUUCUUCUUUCAAAGAAAGCUCUGUCCAUGCUCAGAUCCCUCAAAGGACUAGCAUCCUAGACAAGUCUUCUCCGGUAUCCACCGAAAUGACCGCCCUCAUCCAGCAGUUGAGCACCAAACCCUACAAGUGUCAUGAGUGCGAGCAGAGUUUUGCCACUGUGGCCGAGUUGUCUCAUCACCAGAUCGGCCACGUGAAGGAACGUUUGCUGAAGGGCCCUGAAUGUGGGCAGGGCUUCCCAGAAAGGUGGGCUCUGAUCCAGCACCAGAUGGACCACACGGUGGAGAAAGACAGAGGGGCCCAUAAUCCACCAUCCCCAAAACAGAACUGUAGCAAAGACAGGGAGAGCCCAGAACUUGGGGAGAACUUCACAGGGAUCUCAGCCAUCCUUUUGCAGGGAGAGAACUAUAUCUCUGAAAGGAGCACGUUGCUGCGGCCCAAAGACCCUGGAGUGGAUGGGAAGCAAACCUUGGCUGAUGCCUUAGAGACCACAGAAUCCUACUUCAAUCUUGACUUGGGUAAAUCUCCCUGCUCUGGUGGUGUGUUUGCCCAGCACCACAUACGACCAGAUAAAGGCAGAUACUUUGUGCGUUCUGAGCCCAGGAAGAUUUCCAGAAACAGUUCACUUUUGCUGCAUCAUCUCCAGAACCACACGGUGGAGAAACCUUGAUGCUUUAGAAUGGCAGGUCAUGUCAAUAUGACUUGUAGUAUUGGCCAUGUUGAUGCUUUCCUUCCUGGUGGGUGCACAGGGUCUAUUGAGGUGGGGGCCCUUUGAUGCAGUUGUGGUCUUUGAAGUCUCAAUCAGAGGAGAGUUGCCAGCUAGGAACUACGGGAGUCAUAGCCCUAGAGAGCACCAGAUUGGGGAAGGUUGCUUCUGAAGAAGACACAGACAUUACUCUGUGGGUGGGGUGUGGGGAUGAAACAGACAGAAAGAGAAUAUGUUGUUUGGCAGAUGUGCAAGAUGAGAAACCUUACAGUACUUCUCUAUCCACAAAACAGAGCAAAUUGUCCCGUCCAAAUAUUUUUUUUUCCUUCCUUCCUUCCUUCCUUCCUUCCUUCCUUCCUUCC